ACAUUUUCCUGCUUGUUACUAAUACGGCUUUAGCACCGCUGUACGGUUGUGGAUUCGGAGAUUAUCGAACAAAGUAUUUUAUACCCUGAUUUAGUAGACUCGUGUCACGAGACUGAACGCGAUGUCGUUACUUCGGUCCGGCCACGCUCUGACAGCAACCGCCGUCAUGGAUUCCUACGACUCGGAAGAAGACACGGACGAUGUCGACGAUGAGCAUGACAGAAUUGAUUUCUCCUUUUUCACAUCGCUGCUCACCGCCAUCUCCCAAGUUUCACACAGCAAGAACACAAUUGCAUCCCGUUCAAAAGCAGAUCAUCCAGCCUUGAAUAAAUUCCGUCUUUGGGUCAACGCGUUUCGCAAGCGCUACCCCAAUCCCGCCAAGGGUACCACAGCAAUUGUUUUCCGACUCCUGUUCCCCGAUGAAGAUGUCCGUCGCAAGUAUGACAUGCAAGAGAAACAGCUGGCUCAAGCCCUCCGCGACGCCCUUGCCACUUCUAACCCCCGUUUACUCAAAUGGGACCAGGACGGAGCUUCUGGCUGUCUUGGGGCAGAAGUGCGGCAGGUCAUGGAUCAAACUUCCACAAUUGACCCAGAAGAGCCUAGUCGUCUCACAAUAGAUGAAGCUGAUAUGUUUCUCGAUGAACUAGCCGCGAUUUCUGUCUAUUCUCAUGAUUCUGUCCGCUCCAAGUAUCCGUCUGCAAUACGGCGGAAGAGGAACCAUAUAAUUCGCGAAAUAUACUCGACGCUGUCCGCCGUUGAUGCUUCUUUUCUUACACAGAUCAUCUUGAAAGAUCUCCGUCCGUUAUUGUAUAGUUCCAAUUCACGUCACUACGCCGACGCCCUAAAGAAUUACAAUUCAACGUCAAUCCGAGCUCUUACUAAGGAGGAUGCCAUGAAAAUAUGGGAUCCAACCAAGUCUAUGCUACAGUCCUACAGUCAUGCUGCAACCCUGGAGGACGCAGCUGCCGCUUUUGAGAACGGAGUAACGAUAUCCGCACCGAGAUUGGGUACGCCGAUAGAGAUCCCGAAGUCUUGGAAAGGUCAAGGAUGCUCACACGCUCUCUCUCUUCUCCGAUCAGCCAAAGUGGUCUGGGUGGAAACCAAGUAUGAUGGCGAACGCGCGCAGAUACACGUCGAGGUAUUGCCGAGCGGUAUCCCCAAUAUCACGAUAUUCAGCAAGAGCAGGCGCGAUUCCACUCAAGACAGAGCCGCGAUCCAUUCCAUAAUCCUUGACACUCUUAGGCUCUCUGACGUCAAGCCCCAUAUUCAGAUCAAGAAUAUCAUACUAGAUGCGGAAAUGGUUGCACACAAUGGAGUGCGCAUUGAUGAAUUCUGGAGAAUUCGUAAGCUCAUCGAAAAUACCGCUGUCGGCCCUCGUUCUAGAAGAAGGGCAUCUGUUAUCUUGGAAAGUCAGUCUUCACUCUUAUCUGAUGUUGGCAAUGAAGAACGACACCUUGCCCUUGUUUUUUUCGACGUACUCUAUCUCAACUCAGUGUCCCUGCUUUCUUCGUCUUAUAGAGAUCGGCGAAGGAUUUUGGAAUCGAUCAUCAAACCCAUACCCGCCUAUGCCAUGCUUUCUGACCGCAUUCCGAUUUUGAUGCAUAACCCAGAAGAAGCCGAGGCUAGAUUUCGCCAGAUAUACGCAGAAUCAAUUGCUGACUAUCAAGAAGGAGUCGUUCUAAAAGCGGAUGAUGGUGGUUAUAACAGAGCAGGAUGCCCUUGGGUCAAACUGAAACGAGACUAUAUUCAAGGCCUUGGAGACACAGUCGACUUGGUUUUUCUUGGUGCCGGAUGGGCCAAAGAUCGCAGUCGAGAACUCGAUGUGCCAACGGACACCUUCACAACAUUCUAUAUCGGUACUCUCAAAAAUUCUGAAGAGCUAAAGCAUAACCUUAAUGUCCAACCAACCUUUCUCGUCCACUUUAUAGCCGAGUAUGGUCUGGACCGAGACUCCCUAGAGCACAUCAAUUUCUGUAUCAAAAGUUCUGAACCGGUUUCGUAUUCGUUAUUACACAAAUCUGGACAACAAUUGCCGUACUUGUUUGAGUUAUACCAAGGUUUACAUCCACCAUCAUUUCUUUUGCGGUGCCCUUUGCUAGUAGAAGUCAUGGGAGCCAAUUUCACGAAAUCGGAGGGCUGCAACGAAUACGAGUUGCGUUUUCCUAGAAUCUUGAAGGUCUAUCGGCCUGCCGAACGAUCUUGGAGAGACGGGGUCAAUCGCAAAGAGCUUUGCGAGAUCGCCAGGAAAGCUGUCGGUAGGGACUCAAAAUACAAAGAUAUUGAGGACGAAGCUAGGACCAUUUGGAACUUGCCUACAUCUCCGAGCGCAAGAAGCUCCGAAAGAAGGGAGGCAAGGAUUGCUAUGUAUGAGAAGAAGCUCCUCGAUCGAGAUCGCAAACGAAAGGGAAACGCGGGGUUCGACUCACUUCCGACAAAAAGGUCAAGAAAAUCCGAUACAAUCGCUACCGUUGCUGCCUCCUCACCGCGGGUCCCUUUGCGCAUGACAACAAACGUCGUUCAUCUUGAAUCUCCCAUCGUUGGUCCACCGACUCCCCAAUCACUGGAAUCGCAACGUACAAAAGCCUCUCCAUCACCUUUGCUGCAACUUGAAGGCGAUUCCGAGGCUGAGUUUUUGCAAGAGUCCCUUAUCUUCUUUGUCAAGCAUCCUUCUUGUGCGGACAGUCUUCCUUUCGCACCCCAGUGGAAGAAGCUCGUUCCAUAUCAUUGCCGUGUCCACGCCUUGAGCUCUUUGCUAGAUGGAUGUGGAUGGCAAGCAGAUAGCGAACAGCGCUUCUCACCGUGGGCUAAACGAGGCGUAAUUAUCAUUGACAAGAGUCGUUCUGCAGCAAGAGACUGGGAAGCGUACGUUAAUGAGAGCAUGGCCAAGCGCAAAAUGUCCUUGCCAACGAGAAAGCCGAUAUGGGUAUUUGAUGGUUCUUUACCAGUGACGAUCCUCAAAGGGCAGGCCUUGUAUGUUUUCUCCUAGCUUUCAGCUUCUUGUGUAUUGUUUUCCAGACUUGGACUAAUUGUGUCCUUUACUCAUUUGCCACCUCUCGCGUGGCUUUCUUUGCAAUCUGUU